GGAAACUUGACUGUGAGAGCUGGAGCAGAGAAGAAGGAUAUCCGUGGAAAUGUUUCAGUUUAUACUCCGACAUAUUUAAAUGACUGCACUUUAAUGAAAUCCACCGGAGACUGAACCCAAAAUAAUAGGAUACGGAGACGCACAGCUGAGUUCUGUGCAGAGAUCCGAGGAGGACAUGAUACCCGAGCACUCAGUGAUCGCUGUCUCCAGUGCGGAUUCCCACGACGAUGAUUCCUCCUCCAGCAUUAUCAACAUCUCGGAUGAUGAAUCUGUGAAUGAGAAUCUACAAAAGAGUGCGAAACGGAAGUGGAGGACGCCAGAGGACUCUGAGGAUGUGGAGCGAAAAACAGCCAAAGCCAGCUGCAGCAGCGCCGGCCAGGAGGGGAGCAGACACGACAGGGAGGAGCAGGUGGAGUCCGUCACCCUGUUUGAGGUGAUCACCAUGGGCAAGAACGCCAUGCAGGUGGUGAUAGACGACUGGAUCGAGGCGUACAUGCUGGACAGAGACUCGUCUCUCCUGGACCUCAUCAGCUUCUUCAUCCAGUGCUCUGGGUGCAAAGGUGUCGUCACUGCAGAGAUGUGUCAGAGCAAAGAGGACAGUGGAGUCUUGAGUAAGAUGAUCGAGGAGCUGGAUAAGGUUGCUGGAAUGCAGUACAAGAAGUUUCUGGCUUUCCCGUGGAUUCUCACCGUCACCUGGCCAAUGGAUAACGACAGCGCCGAGUACCCGCUGGUGCAGCCGCCGCCGCACGGCCGCUGGUUUUACUCCGACUUCUCUGACUUCGUGUCCGUGCUGGUGGCUCGCUGUCAGCACAGCGUCCUCUUCGACAACUACCUGAUGAACUCCCUCAUCUCGCUGCUCACCGAGCUGUCCAACUCCUACGUCCGAGCCUUCAGACACACGUGCACGCUCGCGGCUCUGAAGCUGCUGACCUCUCUGGUGGGCGUCGCCCUCAACCUGGGCGUGGGGAUUGAAAACAAUCAGAAACUGUACGAGGUGAAGAGGAAGGAGAAGGUGAGGGAGAAGACCGCGCAGCAGCUGGCCAGAAUAACGACGAAGAUUGCCGAGUUGCAAGAGAAGCGAGCAGAAAUAGAGAGCAUGAUGGACAUCAUCUUCAAGGGAGUUUUCCUCAAGCGAUAUCGUGACGUGCUUCCAGAAAUCCGCGCUGUCUGCACGGAGGAGCUGGGCUCCUGGAUAAAGCUCUACAGUUCUUUUCUUAACGACAGUCACCUCAAAUAUUUGGGCUGGAUGAUGCACGACAAGGAAGCAGAGGUGCGGCUCAAGUGCGUGUUGGCUUUGCAGGGUCUGUACGACAAUCCCCUCUUCCUGAACAAACUCGACCUGUUCACCAGCCGCUUCAAGGACCGGAUGAUCUCGAUGACGCUGGAUAAAGACGGAGAAGUGGCCGUUCAGGCCAUGAAGCUGCUGCUCGUCAUUUCGAAGACGUCUGAAGACCUGCUCACGCCGGACGACUACCGGGAGGUCCUGCAGCUGGUCUACUCGUCACAGCGCCCCCUGGCGGCCACGGCGGGGGAGCUGCUCUUCUCCAGGCUCCUCAGCGCUGCAGUUUGUUCAUACGACAUCCGGGAAAGAGUGAAUGAGGUCGAGGCUCACAAACGACAAGCUUUUGCGGAACUGAAAGCUCUGCUGAAGUUCUCCCAGAAGUCCGAGCUGCACAACCACGUGGUGUACCUGGUGGACAGCCUGUGGGACUGUGGAGGGUCUCUGCUGAAGGACUGGCCCGCCUUCACGUCUGCCCUGCUGCAGGAAGCCUCCUCAGAGAGCACAGGCUUCACUGAGGAGGAGCAGGCGGUGCUGGUGGAGAUCCUGUUGGCGUCGGUGCGUCAGGCCUCGGAAGGGUCGAUCCUGGCGGGACGGAUCGGAUCAAGGAGGGCACCGAGCACCAGAGAGAAGAGGAUCCAGUUCGACGACUGUUACAAGCUCACCAGGCAUUUCCUCCAGAUGCUCCCAGCGUUACUGUCCAAGUUUUCCAGUAACUGUGACGUUGUUGCCUCCCUGAUGAGGAUUCCUCAGUUCUUCCUCCCACAGUGUCCAGAGGCUGAGAACUCCAGGCUCUUGUCCAACCUGAUGGCGGAGAUGGAAGCGGUGUUGAACCAGCAGUCCGGCGCCGCCGUCCUGGAGGCGGCCGCCUGCACCUACCUCAGUCUGUGCAGGGACAAGACGGUGUGGAGCUCCAUGGCCCGACCCGCCAGAGACUCGCUGGUGCAGCGCUGGGUGGACCAGCUGAGGACCCUGCUGGGGGACUCGCUCACGAAUGAAACGUUUUCUGCUGACGAGGAGAAAACAAGAACGAUUCUCACGACCCUGAAGAAGCUCAGAGCGUUCCACAACUGUCAUGACCUGAGUGGAUGGAGUGUGUUUGACCUGCUGUCGCCUCUCCUCCCAGCGGAGAGCAGCCAGGACAAAGUGCCGGCCGAGGUGCUGCUGGAGGUGCUGCAGUGUCUGUGUUACUCCCUGCUCUGGUCCAUGAGCACCAGCGAGGAAACUCUGACCUGCAGGGAGAAAGCCGUGGUCCAGCAGCUCCAGCUGCACCUGUUCUGUGAGAGGAGCGACACCUGUCUGUCCCACGGCGAGCAGAGCGUGAGGCAGCAGGCGUUCGUGGGCGUGUGCGACGUCCUGUCGGCUCACUCCUACCAGCUGCUGGUGUGGGACUCCUCGUACUUCGAGCUGCUGCGCUACACGCCCAGCCCCCAGCUGCAGAGGGAGCUGUUGUCCUUCGUAUGCGACCAAGUGUUUGUGGGCACCGACUCCGACGGCCAGAGCCGGGUCAUCGACGACUCCGAGGUGGAGAGGCUGGAGGACCUCCACAGGAGGAGGAACCUGCUGGCCGCCUUCUGCAAGCUGAUCGUGCACGGCGUGCUGGAGAUGGCCUUCGCCGCCAAGGUCUUCAUGUUCUACGUGAAGUACUACAACGACUUCGGAGACAUCAUCAAGGAGACGUGGUGCCGCAUCAGGCUGAUGGAUAAGAUGGAGAGCGCCAACACGCUGGUCAUGUGUCUGCAGCAGCUGUACGUGCGACUGAAGCGGGAGCAGGAGAGCGCCGACGGCCCCGCCCCCGGAGUGCAGACCUUCACCACCAUCAAGGAGCUGGCGCGGCGCUUCGCCCAGAGCUACGGCGACCUGCCCAAGUUCCGCGAGUGCAUGUCCAUGGUCCACAGGAACGGCAUCGAGUUCGUGUUCCAGGACUUCAGCCAGACUUCAGAGACGUCGACGCCGCCGUACCUCUCCUACCUGAUCGUCCUCCGAGAGUUCUCCGGCAAGCUGCUCCAACCCGACAAGAAGACGAUCUUCUCCUACCUGCAGAAACACACGGCGGAGCACAUCAUCGACCUGAGGAAGGAGCGCUGGCUGCCGCUCAUCUACUACCGGGCGUCCCUGCUGGCCGCCGCCGACGUGGAGGACGCCGCCUCCAACGUGAGCUCGGACAGGAAGCCGUCGCUGCCCAACCGCUCGCCGCUGCCCAACCGCUCGCCGCUGCCGCGCCAGAACCUGGAAGGCGUGAAGUCGCCGUGUCCCUCCAGCCCGGCUGAGUUCAAAGUGGGGAACAUUCACAGGCAGAGCUUCAGUCCAACCUAUCAGAAGAAGAGCAGUGAGGCGGACGCCAUGUCGGAGCCCCGGGAGCCUCCUGCUAAACGGCCCCGUGUGGAAGACUCCGCCCUCGACACCAGCAACGAGCCGGAGGUCGAGAUGUGACUGGAAAAAAACAAAACUCUUUUCUCUCUCUUUUUUUUUUUUAAUUUAAAAUCCCAUUCCCUUGUAUGUUUGUUUGUGAUGUGACUCCCGGUGCUGAUCCAGGAUCAGUCCGGGGUCUCCGUUGACCUGAAGUGUUCCUGUGUGAACGUCAGGGACGUCAUGGAGCAGGAAACGCUCUCAGGAAAAAGCGCCAACAUUUGUUUAAAAUAGGAAAGUUUGUCAUGUUGUUGGGUUUCACUCACCGACACUGCUGGUGUAUUUUUCUGGGACUUUAUGCUCAUGGGAAGGUGCAAUCCUGCAGGGUGAAAGGUUAACGGUGAUCUAUCAUGCAAAGAGCAGAAGUCCCAGUGUGGUCUGGAUUUGCCAGAACAACAUAUUUUUGUAGUUUGAAGAAGUUUUACGUUUCACUCCUGAGGUUUCUCACAACAACAAACGCUUUAGAGUCCGAGCACAGAGAAUUAUGGCAGCUAACUUAAGAAAAACCAACAAAUGUUCAUCUUUAAUGUUCAUCAACAGACUGAGAGAUUAUACUUCACUAAUAUAACAAACGAUCGUCGAUAACCUGUGAAACCAGUCAGAAAUUAUCAGUAGAGCAGAAAUACUUUAUUAAUGAAUGAAUUCAUUACUAAAAGGUUUUUUAAAUUCAGACGCUAAUUUGUAAAUUAAGAGAAAGUCUGGAUCAAAUGUGUUUUUUUUAAAGGAAUUUUGUCAGAAAAAGAAUUGAGAUUUCUCAACAUAAUUACGGUUCUGGUGAAAACAAUGAAAUGUAAAAAACUAUUUGUAUUGAUGGCUUGUAUUUUAUUUUUUUUUUAAUGGUUGAAUUCUGUUACAUCCACAAAUAAAAGAAAUGACCUUGUGCUUCA